AUGAGUGGUCUUGCGGUUCUUGUAAAUCUCGACGGACUACGUAGUUUUGAUGUCUGGGAGGCAAAUCAGACCAACCUUCAAAAGAUCCGCCCAUUCAUUUCCGCAGUCGACCUUACUAUACCAUCCGGGCCCUCAGAAGACUUGCAAUCACAUGAAUCAGACGCAGCGAAAAUCUACGGGAGGAUAACCAUUCCUAUUCUAGCUCAAAAUGAUACUUUUACAGAGGAUAACAAGAAUUGGAACGCGUUGGAGGCAUUCGCGCCAACUCUCGAAAAGCUUCUUUGUAUGACUUCUAAAGUUUUAAGAAAAGAUCUGGAGGAAAAUCAUCCAAGACCUCAAGGUAGAACUCGAAAUGACUAUGAAGCUGCUCUUGAGAUUUGCCAGCGUGCUCUACCUGCCGAUCAAGGUGGAAUGCCCUUUAGUGACGAGAUACGUAGUGUUAAUUGCUUUUCUCAUGUUCGAAUAUCGGCAAAUAUCUCGAUGGGAAAUCCUUGGGAGAAACUCAAACCAGACACAGAUACUGGAGCUUGCGGGCCUUGGGUCAUGAUAGUUCCAUGGGGUCAAUGGAGCGUCGUCGGUGAUUGGAUAUAUGGGGGAAGAAUGGCUACCCCCCAUGACAAGAAUCAAGGGUUGUAUCCCGGUAGUUCAUUCCAGGUGCGGAAAGAAAUGUAUGUUUAUAAUACUCCUUACUCCCCGGUUCCGGGUAGCGAAAGGUAUCAAAUUGAAUUUUUCAUGCCGCACCUUCCCGAACAUAACGGAGAGAGCUAUGAAAAGUCGGCUGAAUUAAGCAAAGAAGUAGAAAGUGAAUGCCCUCUGAUGAGGGAUCCUGAUAAGUUUGGAGGAAUCACGCACUAUUCUGCGAUGGUGUGCCCACGAUGCUUUCCUUCUUUUUCAAGUUUCACGUGGAAUACUCCAAUGAAUGGGGUAGCUGACGGAGGCUACUAUAUCGGCCUUUAUCUCUAG